ACGCAGCCAUUGUUAAAUGAAAAGAGAUAGAGAUGGUCGUGUUUCUCUUACUUUUGUCGACCAUUUUGACACACGGUUCGCGCAGUCCAUUCUCUAAGUCUUUGGUCUAUACAUAUGGCCUUUAUAGGAUUCCUAUUUUUUAAUUUUGGUUGAAAUUGACAUGUAGCCGAGUGUUUCGGUUCAGUUUCGGCAAAAGUUUUGGUCGGAUUCUACAAUCUAGUCGUUCCGAAGUGCAGAAUUAUUAAUUAAGUAGGCGUAUAAAUAGACAUAAAAAAUGUAAACUUCCUUUUCUUAUUUUUUAAAAAAUAAUAUUUCUUAUACUUCGAUAUCUUAACAGAUAUUCGAAUAAGAAAAUAAAGUUUAAGAUUCCACAAUCGCUUGUUGCUCCUUUCAUUAGUAAUUGUCAGCAUUCCCGUAUAUAUUGCUAUCGGAAGAUAUGUUAUUAACUAGCCCAAGUAGCACAGCAGCGCUUAUGAAGCACUAAAAAUAAAGCAUAUAAUAGCUAUUUUUAUCACUGUUGGGAGGUCUGAUGAAAAUAAAUAUAUAAAUGAUGGCGCUGAUAGUACAGAUACAGUCUUAGUCAUUAAGAUUUGGCAUGUGUGCAGUAUUUUAAAGAAUCUUACAUAAAAAUCCAGAAGAAGGAUUGUUUAAAUGAAUUCCUUACAUCUAGCAGAUGGUAAGUAAUAUGAUCAAUCAAGUCUAUACUGUGAAAGGAAAUAGCUUUACAAAAGGUAAAUGCUUACAGAAAUUCAGUAGUGCGUCAGCAGAAUGUCUAUAAUAUGUAUAUCGCACAGUGUCGUCGAUGGGGAGACCAUAUUAUAUCAAUUCUUCUCUGAGAAAACUUUUUAUUUUAGGUUCCGAGAAACCAGCGGAAGUGAAAGGUCGAGCGCGAUUAUACAGCAUGGUGUUUUGCCCUUUCGUUAUGAGAAUACACCAUGUGCUUAGUCUGAAGCAGAUUCCAUAUGAUAUUGUCAAUAUCAAUUUACAGAAAAAGCCGCAGUGGUUUCUCCAACUUAAUCCAGUUGGCAAGGUACCGGUUUAUAUAGAUUCGGACGGUACAGUAGUAACGGAAUCUGUCACAGUGGCGAACUAUCUGGACGAGAAAUAUCCUGAGCCUCCUCUAUACAAUGAUGAAACAAAAAGUCGUGAUUUGGAAUUGAUAGAUCAUUUAUCCAAGAUUAUAGAUAUUAUUACGAAUGUCGUAUAUGAGAAGGAUAAGAGAGAGUUCGAAGAGAUUCUCAUCGAGAUAAUGGAUAACUUACAAAAAUACGAAAAUGAGUUUGAUAUACGCAAGAUGACCUUUUUCGGAGGGAGCAAUCCGGGUAUGUUAGAUAUUCUAAUGUGGCCUUGGUUUGAUAUUGGAAUGGCUCUGACUCUACUUCACAAACAGCAUGCUAGUGUUGAGAGACACAAGAAGAGAUUUCCUCAUAUGAUGAAAUGGGUAGAAGGAAUGAAAAUCCAGCCGUUUGUUCUAAAAUACAGAAGCUCGUAUACAAAAUUAGCAAAAUUCUUAGAAGCUCUAAGAGCGAAAAAUGUUGAUUACGAUAAUAUUUAAACGUGUUUUGAAGUUAUUAUCUUGUUUCUAUAAAUAAGUUUAUAUCAAAAGAGGUC